CGCCUAUAUUGUUUCCUAAAUGAAUUUAAAACUUCAACUUACGCAAGUUAUGGAGACAAGGUGUAGGUGACAGAUUUUGCAGAAUAAUAAGAAUGUGGGUCUUGCCAUCUUUAAUGAACUAUCCUCUGAGAAGAAUUCCCAGGUUGUGCAGCUGGUGUAAAAAAUUCCAUAGAGCAUUCAGCUCAGCUUCAGUAACAGAGGACAAAUAUCAUGGAGUAACUGUAGAUCUCAAUACAUCACCGUCACUCACCUCAGAAGAUUUCAAACAAAUACUGUCAGAUUCGCUCCAGAAAUGGAGAGGAGAGGGUAAAACAGCUGUCUGGAUCAGGGUCCCGAUCCUACUGAGUCACCUGAUUCCAGAGGCAGCCAAUCAAGGAUUUCAGUUCCAUCACGCGGAGUACAGCCAGUCCCUCCUGAAGCUGUGGUUGGACGAGAGUAGGGAGGACCUGACGCCACAGUUUGCCACGCAUCAAGUGGGGGUCUCAGGAAUGGUGAUUCGUGAGGACACGCGACAGGUGCUAGCUGUACAGGACAGAAAUAGCAGGUUUAAUCUAUGGAAAUUCCCAGGAGGUUUAUCAAAUCUGGAGGAAGAUAUCUGUGAUACAGCCGUGCGUGAAGUUUUUGAAGAAACGGGUAUUGAAGCAGAAUUUCAGUCAGUCCUUGCUCUGAGACAGCAACAUAGACAGCCUGGAGCUUUCGGAAGGUCAGACAUUUUCAUUGUAUGUCGCCUUCGACCUUUAACAUUUGACCUGAAGCCUUGCUCACGUGAAAUAAAAGCAUGUCAAUGGAUGCACAUCGCAGACAUGCAGAAACAGAGCAAUUUCUCUGACUUUACAAACAGAUUGACCAGCAUGGCGAUUUACGGUGUCCAGCACGGAUUUCAAGAUCUGGACAUAACCUACGAAGAGAUGAAGUCAGUGUAUAAGGGACUGCGAUAUAAGCUUUACCACCGACCUAUACCGGUCAACGGACCAACCAACUGACGAAGCUGUUUAAACUCGGGGUGGACUGUGAUAUCAUUUAUGUUGUGCAUGCUCUUUUUAAAAUUUUAAUAAACACGAGAAUGUCUUCUAAACAGGCGAUAGGUUUUAUAUUUGAAUAAAAUUGUUUAUUCUC